AUGGCAAGAUCGCUCAAGAAAUCAGUCAAGUUGAGCUUAAGAAAUGUCCGGAUCCGUUCUUCAUCAAUCAGUUUCAAUCCGGACUCUAGUUCCAUAGAAAGGGACCAAAGAAUCGAGUUUCUCCGAGGAGACAAUGGCGUUGAAGAAGAGGAAAACGAUAGCGAAAACAGUAGCGAGUAUGAAGAAUUUGAAGAAGAGGAACAAGGUAAAGAAGAGGAACAAGAUGAUGGCAAAAUUAGCGUUGUAAGCGGUGGCAAAAAUGAACGCGAAGAGACAGAAGUGGCGGUUGAAGCGGCAGAGGCAGAGAUCAUUGAGGCAGGGAAUAGGGUGAUGGUGGUGGUUGAUAAAGUGAUUGCAUCAACAGGAGCUCUUGAAUGGGCUUUGAAGCACACAUUACAAUCUCAAGACUAUCUUUUUCUCUUAUAUUUCUCUAAACCCUUUAGAAAAGGCAAAAGAAAGAACCGGAAACGUGAAGUAAAGACCGACGAACUCGUCCAUACACUAAAGAAACUCUGCCAAACAAAGCGACCCGGGGUGAGUCUAAAUUCUAACAAAAAGCGUUUUGAGACGUUUUCAAAACAAGCUAAAGAACAACAAGUGAGUCUCUUAGUGGUCGGAGAAGAGAAGAAACCGCCGGUUUGGAGAUUGUUGAAGAGAUGGGGAUGGAAGAAAAGGCGAGGCCGAGCCGGAGUUCUCAAGUAUUGCCUAGAGAAGGCUUCAUGUAUGACCAUUGCUGUUAAACCAAAGAACCGUAAGCUUGGUGGUUACUUGAUCACAACCAAACGUCACAAGAACUUUUGGCUCUUAGCUUGA